AUGGACCACGAAGUCAAGGACGAGAAGGCUCUUCAUGCGGUGACCGUAACGGAUGCGGAGUCCGACGUCGACUUAGGGGACAAGGACGAAGCGCUGCGGCUCGUAGGGUUGGAGAGUUCGGCGGUGUUCUCUGAGGAAUACUACUCGAAAUUGCGUAGGAAGCUCGACUUCGUCAUCCCCCCGCUAUGCAUAGCUGUUUACUUCACCCAGUACAUGGACAAGACGGCGUUGAGUUACGCUAGCAUCAUGGGUUUCCCGGUUACUGGACAAGGAUAUAACCUUGUCGCGCUUUCGUUCUAUAUUGGUUUCCUGAUAUGGGUCUUUCCUUCCAUGUACAUCGCACAACGGCUCCGACUGGGGAAGUAUCUCGGAGCUAACAUCGUGGCAUGGGGUGCGAUCAUGAUGCUGCACGUCCUCCCAACCUCAUUCGGGGGGUUCUUUGCGCUGCGGCUCCUCCUGGGAAUGCUGGAGAGCUGCGUGGCCCCCAUCUUGAUCCUCAUCAUCUCCAUGUUCUACAAGAAGAACGAACAGGGAAUCAGGAUUGGAUGGUUCUACAUGGCUAACGGGUGUGCAGGGAUCAUCGGUGGUUUCCUAGCAUACGGUGUCUCCUUCAUCCCAGACCGUGGCUUCGCCCCAUGGAAGAUCAUUUAUCUUCUGCUCGGAGCCUUAGCUAUCUCCGUGGGAAUAGCAGUUCUCCUCUUCAUGCCGGACUCCCCGGCAAACGCUGUCAUGUUGAGCAAGGAGGAGCGGAUCGCAGCUAUCGAGCGGAUCCGUGACCAGCAGGGCGGCACGGAGAACAAGCGCCUCAAGAAAGAGCAGGUCGUCGAGGCAUUGCUUGAUAUCAGGACUUGGCUGAUUGUCCUAGCCACCCUGCUGACGAAUAUCCCUAAUGGAGGCUUGGCAAAUUUCACCAACAUCAUCAUUAAGGGAUUCGGAUAUACGACGAAACAAACGCUGAUCCUCUCAACUCCCGGAGGAGCGAUUGGCAUCGCUAGUGCAAUCAUCUGUGGAUGGUAUUCUGACAGAGCGGGCGAGCGCAUGUUGCCAAUUGUCUGGUCGUUGAUACCGACUCUAGCUGGCGCGGGGAUGCUAGUUGGUUUGGAUAGCUCCGCGCAAAAAGGCGCGAUACUCUUCGCCUCCUGGAUAAUCGGAACAUACGGGUCCUCUCUCGCGAUUAUCUACGCAUACAACGCUUCGAAUACCUCGGGACACACCAAGAAAGUCACGGUGAACGCAAUGACGCUCGCUGCAUUCUGCGUUGCGAACAUCGUCGGCACGGAGACGUUCCUCCCAAAGGAUGCUCCUCGGUACUUGCCCGGGAAGAUAUCGAUACUCGUGCUCCUGACAGCGCAACUGGGACUCUGUUUCGUGAUACGCUGGGUGAACCUGUGGAUGAACAAGAAGAAGAGACGGACGUUGGAGGAGUUGAAGCAGCGCAACGGCUGGACUGACGAGGACAUGAAACGCGAGCGGGAGAGGGCUGCUUUCGUGGACAUGACGGACAAGCAAAACCCGUUCUUCGAGUACACUGCCUGA